UCUCUCACUCACUUGGUCUACCGUCGUUGAACGUUUCGGUCACGCGAAGAAAAACCGGCUCGUACCUGACGAGGAACCGCGAAAAUUUUCCUCCCUGUUGCAGUGGGGGUGGUGAAGUGUUCCAGCAGUCAGUGAAAUUAGUGCAUGAGAUAAAAUCUCCGUUCGGUUCGUUGGAGUUUCCAGUGUUUUACGUGCGAGAAGUUAACUUCUUUCAGGCGCUAAUAAAAAGUGAAACAAAGCGAUAAAUCCGACAGUGAAGCUCCUAAUAACUCAGUGGAAAUGAUGCAACUUUCGGUACCAAUAUAGACGAGAAGAAAAACUAACAAAUCCAGUUGAGACAUCAUCAGUGCACAGGGAAAACAAUAGUGUGAUAAAUUGAGAUGAGAAAAAAGUACAUUACAAGAGUGGGCGGCAGAAGUAAAAUGACUCCGGGCCAGUUACUUCCUCUGUUGCUGCUGGUAAUACACGCCAGUUACUGUGCCGCUGUAGCAGAAAGUGAUGUUUCAUUGGCGUUGAAUAAGGAUUACGUAGGCAAGAACAUCUUACCGGAUUUGAGCGAGAUCAGCUUGGAUUCCGUGCCCGAGUCCCAUCGGAACGCAGCAGAGCAGUUCAAAGCCCUUUGGGAGGAGCAUCUGACCGGGGUGAAAGACUAUGACGUAGUUAAAGAUAUUCCGUUCACGUUGAUCGUUCCGGACAAGAUUGAUCGGGUGGCGCUCGAAGGGAACGAGCCACGUGCGCGGGAAUUCCUGCUGGAACACGUCAUUCCCGGUGCGCUCAUGGAGAUGAAGCCUCGCAACGUUUACGGGAACAUGAAUCAACACCCGGUGGGGGUGAACCUGACCUGCGUGAAUAUGCUGAUGGGCUACGUGCUGCGGUAUAUGGUGAACCAGGAGACGAAAUACGCCACCCGGCACAACGUGAGCGACUCGCUGACGAUGGUUUUCAUCGAGGGCAAUUUGACCGAGAAUAAGGCGUUCAACACGAACAAGCUGAACAAGCGGAACAUUCAGGAGAAUAACAGGUACAACGAACCGCAGCGAUUGGAAAUGAAAAAUGCCACCAAAGAGCUGGCCGCCAACAAGGAGAACCGCAUCGGUCAACAGUUGAUGAACUUUCUGGCCAGCAUGAAGUCCGGCACCAAGGUGUUCCAGCACUUCCUGUCCAAUAGCAAUCUGAGCCAGCUGGUGGACGACGGUUCGUACAUGGUGCUGAUUCCUUCAGACACGGCCUUCCAGCGGUGGCAUCCGAUCGAUUGGGGCUUCUACCCGUUCAGUGUGCAGGAAUUCACCGAAAGUGUCCUACGGAACCAUUUCAUCAAGGUGGGGCUGCCACUGCGGAUGGCCGACCUCAGAGGGGCGUCCGGAGAGCAGAAAUUCAAAACUCUCGGAGGAGAGUACGUCGUACUUAGAGGAAAACCUACACCAACCGCUAAUAAUGUCUCGAUCAUCUAUGACUACACGCUUUCGAACCGAAUUGAAGUUUUUGUAAUAUCCGAGGUGCUGUUUGUUUCCGAAGCUGUCGUGUCUAAACUUCAUCAGAUGCAUAAAGACAAGGAAACUCCGCCUCUAUUAGCUUUCCCGUGGUUCGGUGCCCAAUUUCUGUCUCACUCAUUCUUAGCGCUGGAACGGGAUAAUCGUUUCACGCAGAUAACUCGCUUCCUGAACACUGCAGAAAUCGCCCAGUUCAUAUCUGGAUCCAACUAUACCUUUUUCGUGCCAACAGAUGAGGCUUUCGAACGAUACAGUUUCGAUAUCCUCCCGGAUAAUGUUCUGGCAUCGGAGAAAGGAGUGAAGUUACUGUUGAACCAUUUCAUCAAAGGUCGCUUAUACGAUCGGGACUUGAAGGAUGGAGAGGUUCUAGAAACGAUCGGCGGAACUCCGGUGAAAAUUCAUCGAACUUUCGACAACAACGUUACCGUCAACAGCGCCAGAAUAGUUGAAUCGGAAGUAUUCGUCUACAACCUGGGAACGAUGUUCUACGUGAACGAUGUGCUCUACCCAGAAUUGCUUAAAGCGGAAGUGACUGCUUUAACCGAAAUGAAGAAUACAGAUAAGAAUAUUCCCGAGGAUACUGGAGACGUCUUCACCACGGAACCGAAUCAAGUUGAACCAUCUUCAUCGACGACUCAUCGAACAGCCUUCUACACUACGAGUGCCGACGUGGAGAUUGUACCGUUGGAGUUUACCGAACAAAACGGAAGUGAAGAUGAUGUUCUGCUACAGGACGACGAAAUCAUUACGCCUAAGGCGUUGCCAGUGAAAUAUUACUAUUCACCAAAAAAGUGAAUGACUCAAGGUGCGACCGAACAUAAGGCGAGGAUUCCGGUUCGGGUCAAAUAAGCAUCGUAGGCCUCAAAGCUAUCGUUCUGUUUGAAUGCUCCUUAGUGAUGCGUAGUGUAAGCUUAAGCUCAAUGGUUUUCAUAGUGAAAUCAAUCUAAACCUUAGAGUACAUUCCAUUGUGAAUCAUUCAAUCAAUAAGAAAAAAACUCAUUCUCCCAUUUUGCUAGAUGUGUUACGAUUAUCAUCUUGUUGUGACCACACAGAUAUCUAUGAAUGAAUGGUCUUCCUGGAAUUUACACACAAAACCGUCGGUCUUUUGAUAGAAAUGUUUCGAAAUUUAUGCUACUAAAAGAGUAGGUAAUAGUUAUUGGAACGUUAAUUGGAAAUAGAUCCUAUUGCUUCAAUAUUUUUUUGGCGCAAGUAGACCGGAAUGAAGGAAAGCAUAUGCAUUUUACGGUAGUUCGCUGUUGAAAUAAAAACAAAUACAAAAAGAUACAUAACACGUUCAAAUAGAACAGAGCAGAUCUACUGACUAGUUGUUUUAACUGUAAGAUCAUCUCUUGUAAUCUCAUUAGCUGUUAAGGUGGAGUUUUCCCUCAAAAUGAGUAUUUAUUGAACUAGUUUCCGUUUUCGUUUCUGUUAGUGCAAUGAGUUUUAAACAUCGGAAAGUGUCGAUUACAGCAGAGGAUUGGAUAGCUAUUUUUUUUUUUUCUCGAAAGUUUGGUAAGAUUGGAAAGA